UCGAGCAGUGAAAAGUUUGUUUCGGAUAGGAAAACCUUGUUUGUGUGGCUACUAUCUCGCCAAAAUUGGUCAGAAAUGGCUCUUCAUCGUGUUUUAAGACGCAUGGUAUCACCGUCAAAUAAUGCCCUUCUUUUUUUUCGUACUCAAAGUACGAAAACCGCCGCGAUUGCUGAAGAAACAACAAAGGAGAAAAAAGAUAACUUUUUGAGAUUCAACUGGCAAGAUCCUUUGAGUCUGGAAAGCUGUUUGACUGAAGAAGAGAUAAUGGUUAGGGAUCAGUUUAGAGAUUACUGCCAGGAAAAGCUUAUGUCCAGGAUUUUGAUGGCAAACAGACAUGAAGUCUUUGAUAAAGAUAUUAUGACAGAAAUGGGAUCCCUUGGAGUUCUUGGUUGCACAAUUAAAGGUUAUGGAUGUGCUGGUGUCUCUUCUGUAGCGUAUGGACUUAUUGCAAGAGAGGUUGAAAGGGUGGACAGUAGCUAUCGGUCAGCCAUGAGUGUCCAGUCCUCUCUCGUGAUGCACCCAAUAAAUGCUUAUGGAACUGAGGAACAGAGGCAGAAAUACCUUCCACAGCUUGCACAAGGCAAGCUGAUUGGCUGUUUUGGUUUGACUGAACCUAACCAUGGUAGUGACCCAGGUGGAAUGGAAACAAGAGCCAAGUAUAAUUCGGCUGGCAACAGUUAUAUUCUUAAUGGAAGCAAAAGCUGGAUUACUAAUUCACCAAUAGCUGAUGUGUUCGUUGUGUGGGCAAACUGUGAAGACAAGAGGAUCAGAGGCUUUAUCUUAGAAAAGGGAAUGAAGGGACUCUCAGCCCCUAGAAUUGAAGGUAAAUUUUCUCUGAGGGCUUCUGUAACAGGCCAGAUUGUCAUGGAGGAUGUUGAGGUUCCAGAGGAAAAUCUUCUACCAAAUGUUGAUGGACUGGAGGGACCCUUUGGUUGUCUGAACAAUGCUCGUUAUGGCAUUGCAUGGGGAGCUCUUGGUGCUGCAGAAUUUUGUCUUGCCACGGCAAGGCAAUACACAUUGGACAGGAUCCAGUUUAAAAGACCGCUGGCUGCCAAUCAACUUAUGCAGAAGAAAAUGGCUGAUAUGGCAACUGAGAUUGCCAUUGGGCUUCAAAGCUGUCUGCAAGUGGGACGGCUCAAAGAUGAGGGACAAUACUGCCCAGAAAUGAUAUCUAUGAUCAAACGGAACUCAUGUGGAAAAGCAUUAGACAUUGCACGAAUGUCCAGAGACAUGCUUGGAGGAAAUGGAAUUUCAGAUGAGUAUCAUGUCAUCCGUCAUGUGAUGAAUUUGGAAGCUGUCAAUACAUAUGAAGGAACCCAUGACAUACAUGCACUGAUUCUUGGAAGAGCAAUCACAGGACUUCAGGCUUUCACUGGCCGAUGAAUACAUUACUGGUGAUGAAUAUGUUUCAUAGAAAAAGAAACGGGAAAGCACAACAUCCACACUCGUCAAUAAAUCUAUACAUUAAAUUAUCAUCUCAAGCAAAAAUGCUAACCUUUAGUUCUAGGUACUGCUAAUUUAAUAUAUAUGGAUGAAAUACCAAGGUUUGUAAGUGUUCAGACCACAUGAAAAAUUUACAACUCAGACAAAUAGAUCACUGAUAUGUAUCUUUUGGUAAAUUUUCAUGCAGAUUAAUGAUAACCGACACAUGCCUGAUUGUGAUAUUGUUAUCUCUGUUUACAGUACUAAAGUUAACUUUUGAGAAUGUGAAAAGAAAACGGGGGUGAAGAAGGGCCUAUCUUAAUUUUUAAAAUGAUGUAAGGAAAAUGUAUAUUCAAUUCUACACCAACUUAUUCUUCUCAUUUGUAAAAUUUCUUAGUUGUACAUUUUAUUCAGAAGAUCAUCUUGCUUUGGUCAUAGACAAGGAGCACAAAUUUGCUAGUACGUAGAUAAAAAGUUCCUGCAUCCCUUCAUAGUUGGGGUAGUUACAGUGCUUGUAACUGUUUGAGAGUUCUUCUUAUAUUUUUGAAAUAUUAUUUGUUUUAUUAAGAGAAAUGAGAAAGAAAUGUUAAUGUGUAUGUGGUACAGUAUAAACUUGUACUCCAGUGUUCUGUAUGGUGUGGAAAUAAAUACCUGUACUCUGAAUUUA